AUGUCAGGACAACAAUGCUUGCCAUAUUUGGGUCCCGAGGAUGUGAUGGCCCCUCGAGUUGUGAUGGUGGCACCUCGCCUGCACCUCGCACAACAGACCAUCGCCCAGUUCGAUUUACUCCUGCUGACUCUUGGCUUUUGGACCCCUCAGGUCACUCAGCUUCAUGCUGAUCGUCCACCCAACGUCUACGUGCGAUGUCUGUCUGGACGGAUACAACUGGUCUUCGCCUUCCCAUACGCCACAUGCCAUUGCUUGCGGACAUGUAUUCUGCUUGCAGCGUUCCGGCGAGAGAAAAUCAGAAAGCUACACAUCGAUCGCUUCACAUCUAAUGGCGAUCAAGAAUCUGCGGGGGACACGGAAGAAAACGAGCUGUUACAGCGGCUAGUCCUUCUGUUUGGGGAACAUACACCGGACGAUAACGUCGAGUCUGUGGUCGGAGAAGCCCAUGACUGGCUCUCGACACGCGAAGACAAUCUGAGUGCUCAUAGGGCACUGCGCUCAGCUGUUGCUGCGCUUCAAAGACAUAAAGAGCUCCAACAAGAGAGCCGCGAAGCGAAAGAGGCUAUAGACAGCCUUCUUCAAAAGCACCGGCGGCAGAUGCGGGCAAAGGAACAGGAACUGCACACUACACGCACGAUAGAAGAUAACCUCGUGAAGAGGAUGAGUGAAAUGGAACACGAGCUGCAAGCGUCACUUCAAGAGGCAGAGGCAGAGCUCGCUCAGCUACGCGGACAUCAGGAAGUUCAGUAUGAUACAUCCAGCUCGUUGAAGCAACCGGACUCUGCCUCUCCUGGUUCGUCGAGGUACCAAGACGCUCCCAAUCCGCUACCCCAACCUCCCCAGCCCAUCACGCCCGAACGCCUGGCCUCAUUUUCCCGCUCGUAUGCGCCGGCAAGCGCUGAACCAUCUUCCAGCGCUGCAUCAACCACAACCCAUAACAGCGGCCGAGUCAGCUUCGACCAAGUGCGCGCAUCCGCCACGAGCCUGACGGAAUCCUCAUCAGAGCAUCGGGAGGAUCUACGUCGAGACAAGACACUCAAAGCCCCCCUACUUAUCCCAGGCGCCCCGCCUACCCAAAAGGUUAUCCCUCCGCGUCCGCCCAAGGAGCAGGAUCGCAGCAGAGAAGAGAGGGGCCUUCCCCGCUCGAUAUCCUCCGGAUCUGUCAAUACGGUGCCCCCACCGUCCCUUAGCGGGUCGCAUGCAGGCACGUCUGGGAGCAGCAUCAUACAGACGACAUAUGGGUACCAGUACGGCUUCAUCCCAGGCCAGGGACACGUUUGGUACCAGGUACCAUGGCCGCCAGCAACUGGGCCAUCCACCAGUGCCGUGGCCUAUGCGGGAAGUGGGAAUGCCAACGCACAGCCCAGCGCGAGCAACGACAGCCUAUCGCGUCAUGCCCCAAAUACCACUUCUGCAACGCAGAACCCGCUCGCUCGAGAGGGGGCAAGAACAGACUCGCGAUCUGCAAGUACACGAUCGGGACACGCGCAGAAUGGCGCGUCCCCGAACGGCGUACAGAGUGCCGGCCCUUCCCAGCCACCCCCUGGAAAUUCGAACACCAGCACACUCUCAAAUGCCAGCCUCAGCCACAUGACACUGUUGAGCGCACCACAAAGCGCGAGGAGCGGCAGCCACGAUCAACGCUCCGCCAGUCAGCGCGAUAUACUGAGCAUCCUUAAUAUGCCUAUGGAGCCGCAGCAAUCGGAGUCGUCUCCGGCGCCGACGUGGGGCACGGUGCAUUCCUCGCAGAUUCCCUCGAGGACUUCGGCCAACUCGAGCCUUGGAGAUCUGGGUCUCUUCGGACUGCCCCCAAUGGAUAUAUCUGCAGAGGACGACGAGCCUCCGGAGGAGGAGGGGAGCUCAUCUAGCGAAGACGAGGUGCUAGACGAAGAUAAUCUCAUGACUCCGAGGAGGCGACCGUUGACGCAUGGGCGAAGCGUUGUGUCUGAAGAACCGCGGGCGAUUCAGCCUACGCCCGGCCUGAUGCUACAUGUCUAUGCCGCCCCUCCACGGCAGGUCAUCAGCGGGCCCCAGGAGCUCCAGAUCGUCUCGCAGUCGCUCAUGCAGUAUGCCAGCCAGCAGCAGCGAGAGCCGCAUGCGCACAAUCACUCCGCGCGGACAACCCCUGGUCCCAACACCGAGUAUGUUGGUACAUCCGACACCAUCUUUGGAUCCAGGACUGGCAUACCCUUGUACAGCUCGCGCCCGCAGUCAAGACGCGGUGAGGAGGACAGGCCGCAGCGAGGCCCCGUACUACCCUCGCGGACCCAUAGCGACUCAUAUGGUUUGUACGACCGCGGCAGCAUCAGCGACUCCGAGCAUGUCUACCCGCGGCACUCUGGCCACCGUCGCCAUUCGUCCAUGUCAGCGCAGGCGGGACCCUUUGCUGCCCCGCCCCAAACAUCCGCCUUGAGGCAACACUCCGCCGCUUCCCGUGCCAUCUCUGACCGUGCAGCUCAGACUGUUCGGUUCCAGAGCCCGGUAGAAGCGCCUUCGCGGGAGCGGAGGCAUCGUGAUGCGCAUCGGCAUGUAACACCUGCGUCCGCGAUCGACGAGAAUGGGUUUGUGCCGGCCCUGGGGCAGAGCUCGCUGUUGUUGUCGUUCUCUUCUGGUCCCGCGAGUACAUCUUCUGCUGUCAACGGGCGGGCCCCGCGACCCGGCAGUCGCAGCGAUGGUCUGUUCGGUCUACUGGGUUCACGAGGAAGGAGAUAG